CGUUUUGGCCCGUUAUUUUUUUACGGGUUUGGGCAUAGGAUUUGAUGUUAAGGCCCUGUCCGACCUAAAGUUUUGAUUGUAUAGCUUGAAAUAACCUUACAAUAAAUGCAUUGACCAUAAUACCCCUCACCAUUGAAAAGGGCAAAAAAAAAAAAAAAAAAAAAAAAAAAAAAACUGUGUGACAUUGGUGAACCCAAGCAAACAAGAGAGAAAGGAAAAUCGGGAGUAAGAAAGAAUGGCGCAGAACACAGGAAUGUUAUCCAGAGAUCAAUUACUCUACCUUUUCGAUCGAUUCGAUUAUCUCACUUCUCUACCUGAUGUCAAGAAACGCAUAGCUGAUGCUGUUUUAGAUAAUCAGGAAGCUGUUGCUGUGACAACUGCAAUCCAAGAGGAGAUAUUCUUAGAAAUGGGUGUUGAUCCUAGCUUUGGAAUUGGCUGCCUGGGAAAAGUGAAUAUGGCAUAUGAGAAUGACCGAGACUUGAUGAUUCGCUUCUAUGGAUUUGUGGCUAAGGAAGAGAUAGCCUGUGAUGAAGCUGAGCUUGGAACAGAUGAAUUUGCCAAAAAAAUGCAUAACCAGCAUGAUCUACAAGCACAGCAACUAGAGAUGUUAAAGCAUAUGCGUAAAUUUCACACAGAUGACCAAUCAGCUAUUCUUGAAAAGUUGCACGAGCAACUGCAAAAUUCAGCUUUCGAUAACUGGGCGUCUGUGAUGCCCGCGGAACAAAUUCUGGAGGUCGUUAGAAAGAGAAAUGUGCCAAUAGCAAGACCAAACUAAUAGUUGCUUGAGAAUUUACCAUCUCAUCAACUCUUUUUCAGCUGAACUGGGAACUUGCACUUUGUAUAUUCGUAUUAGUAAAAAAAAUCUCUUUAGCUGCAAAUGAAGGGACUUAAAACAAAAUGUUAAUAAGAUGCUCUUUUGCUUGAAUAGUAUUUUUUUUCUUA